CUUAUACUGACAGGAAAAGUCGUGUGGUGCAUGUGCGAGCGCUGGCGGCGCCUGCUACAAACUACUGGGUAUAGCAAGAUGCAGUGACUGGGAUACAUAACUUAUUAGGUGCAGAGAACAGGGCACUUCUCACGAUAUCUGCAAUAAUGACAACAACAUCUGUUUCCAAGGGAUGCUUUGUGUUCAAGCCUAGUGCAAAGAAGAAAAAGACUUGUCUUACAGCAGCUGACUAUUUUAAUGAAGGUCUUAAGGAUUCUGAAGACAGCAUGAAGAGGUUUAAGAGUUGCCAGUUGCUGUGGCAACAGAUGAAAUCACAGACAGAGCAACUGCAAGAAGAAUUGAACAAAAAACUUUUUGACAAUUUAAUCAGUUUUUUAAGAAAAUCCCAUUCAGAUUUUAAUGAGAAGAAGGAAGACUGGAGCUGUAGGAUGAGGUCAAAUGAAAUCCCUACGGCUGCUCUUGUACUUGGAGUGAAUGUUACUGACCAUGAACUUACAUUUAACAGCCUUUCAGAUGUUCUUCAUGAUACUGUAACUCCAUUUGUUGUCUUAUUGCAGUCUAAGGAAUGCCCAGGUAUCAAGCAGCUGCUGCAGAAGGUCCUCACACAGCUCAUGGGAUGCAGCUCAGAUAUGGAAUUUGAUGAGGAAGAGGAUCACGUUACAGUUUCUCAAAGAAAAACGCACUUUUCUCUGGCCUCUUUAGCAAGCUGGUAUCAGAAGGCCACAAAGAAAACUACCUCUCCUAAGAAGAAAAGGUCGUCGUCCUCCACCAUGCACUGGCAGUCACCUCCAGUUAUUGUAAUCUUCAAAGAUCUAGAAAGUUUUACUGCCCGUGUCCUUCAGGAGUUUAUCAUCAUUAGCAGUCGGUACAUAAAGAAUUUACCAAUGGUUCUGGUGUUUGGCAUUGCCACUUCUCCAAUGAUGAUUCACAGACUUCUGUCCCACUCAGUCUCCUCUCUUCUCUGCAUAGAACUCUUCCAGUCUUUGUCAUGCACUGAGCAUUUAGCCACAGUUGUAGAUAAGCUGCUCCUCUCCAACCACUUCCCCUUCAAGCUGAGUGGUAAAGUACUGCAGGUCCUCAUCACAAUUUUUUUAUACCAUGAUUUCUCUGUACGGAACUUCAUUAAAGGUCUUCAGCUCUCGGUGGAAGAACAUUUCUUUACUCAGCCACUCAGUGUUUUAUGCUGCCCCCUUCCAAAAGCCAAGAAAAGGCUGCAGAACUUCUCGCACGCCCAGUGUGAAAAUAUCAGACAUUUAUCUUCUUUUAUGAGUUUUGUUGAAAGCCAAACACCAGACAACCAAGUAAAGCUUCUCACCGAUGAUGAAUAUUUAAAGGAAAUGGCACUGACGUUUAUUGAAGACUUGCAUUCCUACCAUGAGAAUUUUACACCAGUUUUGCGAUGUCUGCAUUAUUUUACUUCAAUUCUUCCCAAGUAUCCUUUAGGCAAGCAGAUAAGGGAGCUUUAUUGUGCGUGUUUGGAGAAAAAGGUCUGGGAAACAGAAGACUACAGUUCUGCAUUGCUUCUGCUUCGGAUGUUGGCAAAAGAUGAACUUAUGGCAACACUUCAGAAAUGUGUGGAAGUUUUAAAGCCGUAUUCUGGAAAACAGCUUGGCAAUGCAUUAGAAAAGCUGGAGGAGUUCCUGGUUCUUUUCCAGAGUCUUGAAGUAGAAAAUGCUGGCCCCGUUGAAGUCGAGGAUUCUUCACCACAGAAAUCUCUUCAGAAAAAGACGGAUCUGUAUCAACUUCAGAAGACAUUAAUGGAAAUGAAAGAAACAAGAAGAUCAAAGAAAUUAACUAGGUUUGAGUCCAUCCGUCUCGAAGUUGUGGACUUUAUAGAUAGUCUUGUAAGAGAAUACCUUCCCCCUCCUGAGAUGAACACGUUGCAUGAAGUCCUGUACUUCAGUGCUGCUAGUACCCUCCGCAAACAUCUAAAUGCUGCUCCUCGCAUUGCUCUUCACACUGCCCUAAAUAACCCGGCUUCUUACUUGAAGUCUUUAGCGAGUGAAGGUGGAUCAAUUUGCAGUGCAGCACCUGAUAUCUGUAUUGCAUACAAAUUGCACCUUGAGUGUGGGCGACUUAUUAACCUUUACGACUGGUUGGAGGCUUUUGCAACUGUAGUGAGUGCUGCAGAGGGGGGAGACUGUGAUUCUUCCAAGCAAAUUGAUGAUGUUACUCAUGCUCGUUUUAUUAGAGCGGUGUCAGAGCUGGAGCUUCUGGGCUUUGUAAAAGCCACUAAACAGAAGACUGAUCAUGUAGCACGGCUGACGUGGGGUGGAUGCUAAAUUACAAGACGAUGACCAUUCUUACCACAGAUUAAUUGUGUGCAGCACAUUUUAGUAGGAUAAUAGUAAAAUAAAGUGUGUGUGUCUUGUAUACAAAAUAUAUCCGUAGAUGAUCGCCUGUAAAGCCAUUCCUGUUCUCGGGUGUAUGAAUAAAACAGCUGCAAUAUUUAA